AUGAAAAAGAAAGAUGGUGGCCUGUGGGAGACUACAUUUCCCAUGAAGGCGCUGGACCGUCGCACAGGCAUGAUGUAUGAAAAUCCCGACCAGAGCCCAGUGACUGCACCAGGAGACAACCAUUGCCACCAUCACAGUCCGGGAAAAUCACCUCUGUCCUGGUGGUAUCCGUGGCCUCCUUCUGACGUCACAGACCCAGCGAUGCAAUCUGAUUGCCCGCUGCAGGGCUGCUGCAGAUUGGGGAGCCUCCAGGUGAGUUUCGAUGAUGUGCAUGUGAACUUCACUGCAGAAGAGUGGAAUUUGCUGGAUCCUUCCCAGAAAAAUCUCUACAAAGAUGUGAUGCUGGAGACCUACUGGAACCUCACUGCUAUUGGCUAUAAUUUGGAAGUCCAUCAUACUGAAGAACAACAACAAACUUCGAGACGUCAUGAAAGGUAUUUAUUGAUUCAUAAUGAUAAAAUGAUUGAUCAGGCUAAUAAAUGUGGUAAAGCUUUCACAUGUGCCCAUUACUAUUGCAGGCAUGAAAGAAGUCAUACUGAAGAGAAACCUUAUGAAUGUAAUCAAUGUGGUAAAGCCUUUUCAUAUCACAGUAGUCUCCAAAGACAUACAAGAAUACAUACUGGAGAGAAGCCUCAUGAAUGUAAUCAGUGUGGUAAAGCCUUUUCACAACACAGUAAUCUCCAAAUACAUAAAAGAACACAUACUGGAAAGAAACCUUAUGAAUGUAAUCAGUGUAGUAAAGCCUUUUCACAACACAGUAGUCUCCAAUAUCAUAAAAGAACACAUACUGGAGAGAAACCUUAUGAAUGUAAUCAAUGUGGUAAAUCCUUUUCACAAAACAGUAAUCUCCACAGUCAUAAAAGAACACAUCUUGGAGAGAAGCCUCAUGAAUGUAAUCAAUGUGGUAAAGCCUUUUCAAGUCACAGUUAUCUCCAAAGACAUAAAAGAACACAUACUGGAGAGAAGCCUCAUGAAUGUAAUCAAUGUGGUAAAGCCUUUUCCUGUCACAGUAAUCUCCAAAUACAUAAAAGAACACAUACUGGAGAGAAACCUUAUGAAUGUAAUCAAUGUGGUAAAGCCUUUUCACGUCACAGUAGUCUCCAAUAUCAUAAAAGUACACAUCUUGGAGAGAAACUUUAUGAAUGUAAUCAAUGUGGUAAAGCCUUUUCACGUCACAGUAAUCUCCAAAGACAUAAAAGAACACAUACUGGGUAGAAACCUUUGAAUGUAAUUAAUAUGGUAAAAGCCUUUUCAGAAAAUUUUUGUCUCCAAAACCAUAAAACAACCCAU